AUGAUCGUGUCUCAGCCACCAAAACUCUCUAAAAGCGCUAAAGAAGACUUGAUAGUUUCGCAUCUCCGGUCCACCCGCACGUGCCACACGCUCAAAGACCUCGAGAAGAUGCUUCCCUCGGUGGCUUCGAUCAAUGGCAUGCAGGUCAAGGAUUAUAUCCAGAACCUGACGGACGAGGGAAAGGUCCGGGUGGAGAAGAUUGGAAGCGGGAACUGGUACUGGUGUUUUGGCGGGGACGAGAAAAGAGAGAAACAAGCACGAUUGAGCCAACUGGAGAAAGAGGUGAAGAUACUGCAAGCGAGCUAUGACGAAGCAGAGGCUAGUCUGGCGGCCAAAAGGGCCAAAUGGGAAGAAGAGGGAGAGGAUGAGCAAUCAAACCUGGCAGAGAGGGAGGAGUUGACGCGUCGAAAGGGCGAGCUAGAAAAGGAGAGGAACCGGCUGCAAGCUCAGUGGAUAGCAGCUACUACGACGGAGGAAGGCAAAGGGGUGCAGCAAAUGAGAGAGGAGAUUGAGGAGUUCCAGAAAGAGGCGCUUAUGUGGACGGAUAAUAUCUACGUGCUGGAGGGCUACUUGAGUAAGCUGGCAGGAGGGGAUCGGGAAGUUAUUGCGGCGGUGCAGAGAGAAUGCUAUGGGGAUGAGUAUGUGGAGGGUGAGGGCUUGAGUGAGCUGAUUCUUUAG